AUGGGGAGCCCACAGGCCGAUGCCAGGAGCACGCAGAUGCCUAGGCACGCCGAGACGGCGCGUGCUGCCUACCACGAUCGCGUCGACGGCGUCUCCGCGGGCAUAUCAACAGCCGGGCUUUGGCCGCCGCCGCAAUCCGCAUCGGUCAACGCCCCGAGCCGAUCGGCGGACCGGCUUGUGACCUCCUUUUCAUCUUUCCCUCGCGGUACUUGUUUGCUAUCGGUCUCUCGCCCGUAUUUAGCCUUGGACAGAAUUUACCGCCCGAUUGGGGCUGCAUUCCCAAACAACCCGACUCGCCGACAGCGCCUCGUGGUGCGACAGGGUCCGGGCACAACGGGGCUCUCACCCUCUCCGGCGCCACCUUCCAGUGGACUUGGGCCCGGUCCGCUGAGGGACGCUUCUCCAGACUACAAUUCGGACGCCAUGGGCGCCCGAUUCUCAAGCUGGGCUAUUCCCGGUUCGCUCGCCGUUACUAGGGGAAUCCUUGUACUAAGAGUCUUCUCACUACCAACCAGCAGACAUCGUCUGGCUGGGUCUUGCCGGUAUCAACAACAAGAGAAAACAACCAAAUGGAAACAGCAACUAACUAUGGCUCUUGGCCCAGACAACGCCCUAGGCGUAGGGGAGAUCGGAGCAACAGGGAACGCCUAG